CGAGGUCCAAUCAGAUCGGCGCAGGGACCCGGAAGCGAGGUUGUGGUUGUAGCGUGCGCUUCCGGAGGAGACAGAUCAGUUGUUGUCCCAGGUGUGGACGCCUCAGUCCAACCUCCUCCGUAAAGAUGUUCUACCACAUCUCCCUGGAGCACGAGAUCCUGCUGCACCCGCGCUACUUCGGCCCCAACUUGCUCAAUACCGUGAAGCAGAAGCUUUUCACCGAGGUGGAGGGAACCUGCACCGGAAAGUAUGGCUUUGUAAUUGCUGUCACCACCAUCGACAACAUUGGUGCUGGUGUAAUCCAGCCAGGCCGGGGCUUUGUUCUUUAUCCAGUUAAGUACAAGGCCAUUGUUUUCCGGCCUUUUAAAGGCGAGGUUGUGGAUGCUGUGGUCACUCAGGUCAAUAAGGUUGGACUCUUCACAGAAAUUGGGCCCAUGUCUUGCUUCAUUUCUCGACAUUCCAUCCCGUCAGAGAUGGAAUUUGAUCCUAAUUCUAACCCACCAUGUUACAAGACAAUGGAUGAGGACAUUGUGAUUCAGCAGGAGGAUGACAUCCGCUUGAAGAUUGUGGGGACCCGCGUGGACAAGAAUGACAUUUUUGCCAUUGGCUCCCUGAUGGAUGAUUACUUGGGGCUUGUGAGCUGAGCAUGGGAGCCUCCUACCAUGUGUGAUCUUGAUCUAUAAAAUGUUGCUUUAAUACUUGCCGAGUUGUCUAGAGACUCCCUCUGACUGUUGUUCGGGGAAGCAAGGAAGAUUCUUUGUCCCUGAAGACAUCUGGUGCUUCUUCCAGUUUAGCUGUUGCUUGACUCUGUGUUCUAACUAUAAAAGGUCAUUUGUUCUCA